UUGUUAGCUUUGGCGCGUUUCUCGUCCCUUUUCUUCUGGCCUUUUUCGAUAAACUCAAACGGACCCAAAUGAAUUUAGCUAUGAAGAUUCUCAAUAAUUCAUUCUGUGGUUUGAAUGUGAAAAGAUUAGUGAACAGGCUAGCCACAUAAAUCCCUUCCCCUUACCCCCAAAUUAUUUAUUUUUCUCUCUUGAUUAGUACAAUGGCGCAAGAAAUGACGCCGCAACCAUUGAAAUCCAACAAUUAUUCUCCUGCUAUGAUUUCAACUUCCAUUGAAAGGAACUUAACUAUACUCAUGGAGGACAAGUGUGCAAUCAAGGCUGAUGCCACUGAACUAAUAGGCAAUACCCCUAUGGUCUAUCUCAACAAAAUUGUAGACAAUUGCUAUGCAAAGAUCGCUGCCAAACUAGAGUCAAUGGAGCCUUGUUCGAGCGUGAAAGACCGGAUUGGUCUCAGUAUGAUAGAAGACGCAGAGGAAAAGGGUUUGAUAACACCAGGCAAGAGUAUUCUCAUUGAGGUCACAGCAGGAAACACCGGCAUUGGACUGGCAUGGGUUGCAGCAAUCAAGGGCUACAAACUUAUUCUCAUAAUGCCAGCUUUCUUCAGCGUGGAGAGAAGAAUUUUAGCACUUGCUUUUGGAGCUGAGUUACGUAUCCCCGACCCGGAAAUGAGUGGUGAGGAAAUUCUAAAGAUGGCUGAGGAACUUGAAAAAUCCACACCCAAUGGAUACUUUAUGAGGCAAUUUGACAACCCUGCCAAUACAAAGAUUCACUAUGAAACAACUGGGGUGGAGAUAUGGAAAGAUUCAAAUGGUAAAGUUGACGCUCUGGUAGCUGGGAUUGGGACUGGGGGGACAAUAACUGGUGCAGGGAAGUUCCUUAAGGAGCAGAACCCAAAAAUCAAGGUAUAUGGAGUAGAACCAGUUGAAAGUGCAGUGUUAAGUGGAGGAGAACCCGAAAAUCAUUCAAUGAAAUUACAAGAACCAUCUCCAACUGUAUACGAGACAAUUUAAGCUAUAAUUUCUAGGUGGAUAAAUUUGUACAUCAACAUAAAGCCAACAAUCUUACAAAAGUGAGAUCAAACGAAGCUUUAAAAGAAGUUUCUGUCUUCAAAUAUUUUCCCUUUUUUUUCCGUUCCAUAGAACCUAGAUGAAGGCUCUGUUGAAGUGGAGCCACAAAGUCUUCUUUACCUUCUCGAAUGGCCAUGAGGAUUAAAGACAGCCAAGCAGUAACAUUGUUGUAGAGAAACACUGACCAACCAAAAGGGGCAGCAAAUUGUAAGCAUUGUAGGGGUGCAGUGGAUGAAAAUGUGACUCAGAUAUUUUUAGGGUUCCCCUCUUAAGAACUCACCUUCAAAAACACAUGAAUAGAACCAUAAACACAAACAGAGCAAGAACGUCAUUGUUGAUAUGCUAUCAAUAGUUGUCAAUAAACCAAAAGGACGACCAUUGCCAAAAACAAAAAAGGACGAAACGAGAGAGUUAGGAACCUCUCCUAUGAAGACACUCAGCUAAAACAACCCACCAAAAACCAUCAUACCUUUUCUUCUUCCUACAUGCUAAAUUUUAAAUCACCGAUUGACCCAAAAGCUUAAGCUAAGGGUGAAGGCAAACUUAAUUAUAUAUCAUCAAACAUUUCUCCUCACUUGUGAGCUCAAAAUAUGAAUAAGGUCCAACAAGUGGGAAUGAAUAUUAAUUGUAGAGAAAACAACAAUUGGAGAAGUUUGAAUACUGGAUCUCUAGAAACAACCUGCUUUAAUACCAUCUUAGGUUUAAGUGGCUGAGUGAAACGAAUUUAAUUAUAUAUCACCUAACUCUAAAAAUAAAUAUACUUUUUUCUAAUUUCAGACAUGACUUGUACAUAACUAAGGAAAAUAUUUAACUUAUUAUUUUGAAAAGAAAAUUCAAUUCAAUUAUAGAUUGAAUCCUUAUACAUUGAUCGAUCCUAAAGUCUUAGUAUGGCAACUUCAUCCUUUAGUAAUAGGGGACCUUUUUAUAUCUUUCAAGAUGUCAGAUAUCAUUAAUUCACUUAACUUUGCACAUUUCUAGUGAAUAUAUUUUGUUUCUAGGUUAAAGAAAUGUGUCCCCUACAUGUAUGUGUCCUACAAUUUAAGAAUAGACGUGUUGUGUAUCGUGUCAUAUCUUGUGUCCGUGCUUCUUAUAAAACAUUACUUCAGAACAAAGGGCAUAAACAAAAACUAAUUCCAGAGACACUAAUGGAAAAUGAUACAACUUUGUAGUAAGAUUAACGGGCAUAAAGGAUAAUGAAAGAGACACCAUCUUUGAACCAAAA